AUGUUUCCACGACCGCUCUCUAUUCGAGCCACCAGCACCUGCUUCCGACCAUUCGCCCCCACCGUCAGCCCUCGAGCAUCUGCCUUCUGCGCUUCUGCCGUGUUACACGCUUCGCCCGCCAGUCGCUGUCCUGCCCCGCACUCGCACCUCUGCUUCCGCAAGACUCUAGCAUCAGCCCGGACAGCGUACUCGCAAGCCAGUCCUGUCGCAGGCUCAGCCAGAGCGCGCGUUCCCAGUCGACCAGCCGUUGCUCAGAGCGGUCUCGGAUACACCCUCUGCGUCGUUGCCCUCGGAAUCGCGGCCGGCAGCGUCCUCGUCGUCACCACCGAGCCCGGAGACUCGAAGGCUCAGAACAUCCACCACCCGCCCGAAAACACCGCAGAUCCCGAAGACCCCGCCGUCGACAUGUCCAACGACAAAAGCGCCCAAAUGCCGCCCGGAAGGCCGGGCAACCUCACCGCCGAGCAGGAAGUGAAGCUGAAGGAGCUCUGGAACGCGCUUGCCAAGAUCACGGGCAUGCCGUUCGACGAGCUGGCGGGCAACGGCGACGCGGAGAGCGUCAAUGGGACAACCGGCACGACGGGCACGACGCCCGCGGCAUCCAUCGCCGAGUCGGAGAGCGGCGGAAAGGGCGACAAGAAGAAGAGCAAGCGGCUGCACAUCUUCAAGCACAAGAAGGGCGACAAGGACGGCGAAAAGGCAAAGGACCAGUCUUCGUCGUCAUCGGCCCCGGCCGGCGGCGAGGUGGACGUGGGGAACCUGUCGCUGGAAGACGACAAGCACGGCAUGACCAAGGCGUUCCAGACGGCGCUGGCCGAGACGACGCCGGAGGAGCUGCGCGCCUCGCUGUGGUCCAUGGUCAAGCACGACAACCCGGACGCGCUGCUGCUGCGCUUCCUGCGCGCACGCAAGUGGGACGUGCAGGCCGCGCUGAUCAUGCUGAUCUCGGCCCUCCGCUGGCGCGCGACCGAGAUGCACGUCGACGACGACAUCAUCCGCAAGGGCGAGGGUCAUGCCUUCGAGCAGGCCAAGAGCGCGGAUGCCGCGGCCAAGAAGGAGGGCGAGGACUUCAUGACGCAGCUGCGCAUCGGCAAGAGCUUCGUGCACGGCGUGGACAAGGAGGGUCGGCCCAUGUGCUACGUGCGCGUCCGGCUGCACAAGCCGGGCGAGCAGAGCGAGCAGAGCCUGGAGCGUUUUACCGUCUACCUGAUCGAGACGACGCGCAUGAUGCUGAGCCCGCCGGUAGACACUGCAGUGAUCGUCUUCGACAUGUCUGAAUUCGCCCUUGCAAACAUGGACUACACUCCCGUCAAGUUCAUGAUCAAGUGCUUCGAAGCGAAUUACCCCGAAUCCCUCGGCGCCGUCAUGGUCUACAAGGCACCCUGGGUCUUCCAAGGCAUCUGGUCCAUCAUCCGCGGCUGGCUCGACCCCGUCGUCGCUAGCAAGGUACACUUCGUCAAGACGGCCGACGAGCUCUCCGAAUUCGUCCCGCGCAGCAACAUCCCGACGGAAAUGGGCGGCGACGAGCAGUGGACGUACAGUUACGUCGAGCCCAAGGAGGGUGAGAACGCGGCCAUGAAGGACGCUGCCGCGCAGGACCAGCUGCAGCGCGAGCGCGACGACGUCGUCGCAAAUUACGAGCGAGCGACGGCGACGUGGGUCAGAGGAAGCAGUGAAGACGAGGCGCAGUGCAAGAGGGAAAGGGAAGAGCUGACGGAGAAGCUGCGCGAGAACUACUGGAAAAUGGAUCCGUACCUCCGGGCGAGGACACUGUACGAUCGCAACGGCGAUCUCGGUCCGACGGGGAAGCUGGAUUUCUACAAGAAGUGA